AUGUCAAAAUUUUCUAUUUUUUUACAAAUAGUUUUUGUUAUUCUUAUUUUUGAGAGUGUAAAAUUCUCUCUACAGAAACCGCUAUUUUCUUCUGGUAAUAUAAUAUUAUCAUUAAAUGGUGAGGAAAUACAAGAUGAAAUAAGAAAUGGUGAUUUAAAUGAAGGAAAAGAAGUUAUUCUAAUUAAAAGGAGUAUACCAGCAGCUAUUAUUUUUCAUAGAUUACCUACGGAUGAUGAUAAUGAUGAAGAUGAUGAUGAUGAUAUAGAUAAUGAUAAUAGGAAGGCACCUAUAAUAAAAAGAGCAUUUGACCGUGUAGAUUCUGGUUAUUUUGGACUUGGAGCUAAAAAAAGAAAACGAUCAUUUGAUCGAGUUGAUUCUGGUUAUUUUGGUCUCUAUAAAAAAGCUUUUGAUCGUGUAGAUUCUGGAUAUUUUGGAUUAAAAAGAAAGUAA